AUGGCUUCGGAAGCGGUGAAGGUGAUCGUGCGGUGCCGUCCUCUAAAUGACCGUGAAAAGCAGCUCAGAUGCAAGAUAGUGCUGACCGUGGACAGCGCCCUGAGGCAGUGCUUCAUCCAGAACCUAGCAUCCUCAGAGGACCCACCAAAACAGUUCACAUUCGAUGGGGCGUAUUACAUGGACCACACCACAGAACAGAUCUACAAUGAAAUCGCCUAUCCACUUGUUGAGGGUGUUACGGAAGGCUAUAAUGGUACCAUCUUUGCCUAUGGGCAGACAGGCAGCGGGAAGUCUUUUACGAUGCAAGGGAUUCCGGAUCCCCCUUCACAGAAGGGCAUAAUUCCCAGAGCCUUUGAACAUUUGUUUGAGAGUGUUCAGUGUGCAGAAAACACAAAGUUCUUGGUAAGGGCUUCUUAUCUGGAGAUCUAUAACGAAGACAUCAGAGACCUCCUUGGUUCGGACACCAAACAAAAAUUAGAGCUGAAAGAGCACCCGGAGAGAGGAGUCUAUGUGAAGGGCCUGUCCCUGCAUACAGUGCACAACAUGGCCCAGUGCGAGCGCAUUAUGGAGACCGGCUUGAAAAACCGGGCCGUGGGCUACACCCUGAUGAACAAGGACUCCUCUCGCUCCCACUCCAUCUUCACGAUCACCAUGGAGAUCUACACUGUGGACAAGAGGGGACAAGAUCACCUGCGGGCCGCCAAGCUCAACUUGGUGGACUUGGCCGGAAGCGAGAGGCAGUCCAAAACCGGAGCUGUCGGAGAACGCCUCAAAGAAGCCACCAAAAUCAACUUGUCUCUCUCCGCUCUCAGCAACGUCAUAUCAGCCCUGGCAGACACCAGGUGUACGCAUGUCCCUUACCGGGACUCCAAGCUGACCCGGGUGCUGCAGGAUUCUCUGGGGGGCAACACCAAGACCCUCAUGGUGGCGUGCCUGUCUCCCGCCGACAACAACUACGACGAGACCCUCAGCACCUUGCGCUACGCCCACCGAGCCAAGAACAUCCAGAACAAGCCCCGCAUCAAUGAGGAUCCGAAAGAUGCCCUGCUGCGGGAGUACCAAGAGGAGAUCAAGAAACUGAAGGCCAUUUUGACUCAGCAGAGCAUCACAACGGAGUUGCCUCACCUGUUACUUUCUGUGGCUGCUCAGCCUGAGGGGAAACCAGAGCUCGCUCCUGAAUUCCAGACCGACGCAGAGAAAGAGAAGGAGCUAAUCAGAGAAGAGUAUGAGAAGAAACUGGCAAGGCUGAAAGCUGAUUAUGAAGCUGAGCAAAAGUCUCGCGUCCAGCUCGAGGAGGACAUCAGCACCUUGAGGAUUGCUUGUGAUCGCCAGUUGGCUGCUUUGGAAGAGAGGAAGGAAGCAGGAACUGCACAGCCAGUUGAAACUUUUCCUGAGCAAGUUCCCCAAGGCCCUGCUUUAGAAACAGAAGUGCCGAUCAAGGAGUUCGACACAGGUGAGCCUCCUGUUCCUGACGUUCCUGAAGAAGUACCUGCAACUCUGGACCAGCAGCAAGUACUUGCCAGGCUGCAGCUGCUGGAGCAACAAGUGGUUGGAGGAGAGCAGGCCAAAAACAAAGACCUGAAGGAAAAGCGCCAGCGGCGGAAAAGGCUGGCCGACGAGCGGAAGCAGCAGCUCUUGGAGGCUCUGCAGGGGUCAGACGUGGACAGCAGCGACUGGGUCCUGCUCAACGUCUACGACUCCAUUCAGGAAGAAGUGCGAGCAAAGAACAAGCUGCUGGAAAAGAUGAAGAAGAAGCUGCGGGCAGCUGAGGCUGAAAUCAGAGACCUUCAGUCUGAAUUUGAAUUGGAGAAGAUAGAUUACCUGGCUACCAUCCGCCGGCAGGAGCGGGAACUCCUGCUCCAUCAACAGCUUCUGGAGCAGGUGCAGCCCCUCGUACGGCGGGACUGUAGCUACAGCAACUUUGACAAGAUCAAGCGGGAGUCCAUCUGGGACGAGGACUCAGGUUGCUGGAGAAUCCCAGAGGCCAUCACAGAAAAGACCAGCCUCCCUGCGGUUUCAUCGUCGUCUCAGACAAAAGCAGGCAAGAAGAGCUCUGCGUCGGAGCACAGGGAAACAUCGACAGAGCAGGAAGAAGACCGCUACAAAACGAUGCUGAACAAGAGUGACAGCGAGAAUAUUGCGAGCAGUUAUUUCCGAUCAAAACGAGCAAGCCAGAUUCUCAGUGCUGACUCUGGGAAGAGUCUGGCUUCCCAUAACGCGCCCUCCCAUCCUCCAUCCUCCAGUGCUCCCCCGACCCAGGCAGCAGAGAUGCCCCAGCCGCGCCCCUUUCGCCUUGAGUCCUUGGACUUCUCUGUGCCUUCAACCAAGACGAAACGCAAGAAAACCCGGAACAACAGGAGUGGAGACCCCUUCUAA